AUGCGGCGAGGCGCGCUCCUAAUAGUCCUCUUCGUCCUCGCGCGCGACGUCGACGCCGAGAGCGACGACGCGUCGACGAUCGAGCGUCAGAAGGCUUCGUCGUCGGACAGUUGGAGAGUCGGUCACGCAUCCGACUCUCUGUCGCGAUACAACGGGCACGCGCGACGAUUACUGCGCGAUGCGGCGCCGACGCGGGCGUGGGACGCGGCGGGUCGGUUCUUAGACGCGCUCGAUGGGAGUUUAGCCGACGCGAGUGCGAACGGAUGCGUCUUGCACGAGUUCAACUCGUUGCCGAACGUGGAGACGGUGGACGUGAGCGUUCGGUUGGAUUACCACGCGAUGGCGAAGAAUGGUAAUUUGAAGAGAUUAGGGGUGAUGUGCGACGCGCGGAGCGAGAGAGGAAGCGGAGAGGCGUGGUGUUUGGGAUUGGAGCGGUCGACGGCGUUCGAGCGACAUCGAAAGUGGUGGCGACGCCUGAGCGAAGCGUACGAGGACGGGAGGCAUCCGUAUUGGUUGAGCGAAUACUUGGAGUUUGAUAUGCAUGCGAACGAGAUGAAUCCCACGGCGAGCGUGUUCAUCGAGACGACACCUAUGGUGAAUAGAAGACAGGCGGAGUACGUGCCGGCGCUGAGGGAAUAUUUAGAAGCGAUCGAGGAGACGGCUUCGGAGAGGCUGUAUGAGAACAUCCAGGCGGUGAUCGACGCGGCGAUGGGAGAUGGAUUCGACACACACAUGUGGGCCGCCGGAAUCAUGUUCAGUCGAUCGACGAAGACGGCGAGCGGGACGAUCGACAGCGUUCGUGUGCUAAUUCAUUUUAUGCGACACACGCCUCGAAACGGCGCCAAGGACGAAGAGGAAGACGGAUACAGGAGCGAAAAAACGCGCCAAAUGGUGCGUCUUCUCGAGAUACUGAACUGGACUGGUGACUUUGACGAGUUCGAUCGCAUAGACAAUUAUUUCUUGGACGACGGUGGGCUUGGCUCGGUGCUUCAGCUGGACGUCCUGAAUCGCGCGCCGACGGCGAGCGACCCCUCGAUCAUCGGCCCACGCGUCGGUGUCGAGAUAACCAUCGGCGUCGCUGACCCCACGAAGAACAUCAUGCCGCGACUCAACUCUCUCGUUGACGAUGGACUCGUCGCCCCGAUGUGGUGGAGCAAUUUCACCGCCGCGUUGUGCGAGCCCGGUCCUCCGCGAACCGACGCGAGUAACGCUCGGGCCCUCCUCCGUCGUCCGUGCGCCAUCAGAAGACGCACAGCCGCCGACAAGCGAGACUUGACAAAGAAUGAUGGUUCGGGCUUCCACCCACCGCUCACCGUGGCCGUGAGUCACCUCAAAUUUAUCGUUCAACCAGGACGCUCUCUGUACGUCAAGCCGUACGUCACGACGCAAGCUCCGUUCGCGUGGUGCCUUGACGACAAGGCCCACGCCGAGCCUGAAUCGCUCCCGGUCUACAAUCAGUGCGCCCGAUGA